AUGGAUACCCUGUGCUCUUAUCCCAUGGGAGGGAUGGGAGGAAUUUCCUUUGCUGGACAUCCUAAGGAUGGACCUGCCCAAGACUACGUGGAUUACUGCAAUGCCAUGGCAGCCCUGGCAAGAGUACCAGAACAUGUGGAAACUUUGGCACGGGUACAUUUCACCCAUGGAUUGAGAGGAAGGGCGGCGACAUGGUAUGAGGACCUGGACCAUGAUGAACGAAGGUGGGACGUUCUGUCGGCCAGGUUUGUCGAAAAGUUUUCCAACCCAGACCCAUACAUGGAAGUGGCCACAAGACGGGAAGUUUUCUGCUUUGCCAGGGAGAAGGGAGAAUCGUUGACAGCUUACAUCCAAAGAGCUGAGAACCUGGCGUCGAAGGUGAAGACAGACACAAGACAGAUAUUGCUCACCAACUUCGUCACCCAUCUGGCCGAUGGGGAAACAGAUGCCAGGCUGCAGGAGCGAGUGUCUGACCGUCUGUUUGCUUCGGACAAAUGGACACAGGGGAUGGCAGCCAAGAACCUAACAAUGGCAGACCUCAAGAUAAUCUUGUAUGAUUGUCGUUCAUCUGCUUCGGAAAAGAUCGCGAGACAAUAUGGGGAAUCGAUCCCAGCUGUUAGCUUGGACCCAAUACGCGCAUUGAUGGACCAUCAAGUGAAACGAGACGAACAAUGGGCAGAACAACAAGCAAAGAGAGACGAGAAGAUGUACGAAUUGAUCAAACAAUUGGAAGCGUUCCGGGUUGCACAAAACGGUUCUGAGUCAACAAGACCAUAUGGACAAUAUGGGAGGUCUGGCUACAACAACCAGAACACCGACCGACAGAUGGGAGGGAAUUACACAAACUCGUACAACAACAACAACAAUAAUCCCAGGAAAGAAGUCCCAUCGUUGCCGGCCCCAGGAACAUCAGGUCCCAAAAAUGACAUGCAGAGGGAUCCAGAUUUCUUCUGGUGUUUUUCGUGCGGCGAAUGGGGACAUAUGGGAUACAGUUGCAGGAAUCGGGACAAAUGUUCGCCAGAGAAGUUCGAGGAACGACGUGAACAAUGGCAACAGAACUCGCUCCAGAUGAAGAGGGACAGACGUCGGGAACUCGACACAAGGAUGCAAUCAAACUACAUCGGCGACAUGGGCUGGAACCAACAAGACGCAAUCCCACCUCCAGGAUACGCGCUCAAGAAACAAUCGACACAACCUCCACUCCAAACGUGCACAAUGGACUUUCAGAACUACAGGCCGCCACGUGUCGAAGAAAUGGACAACAUGAUGGAAUCGAUGGACUCUGUUAAUGCCGCCACGCGGAACAAAGGCAAAGCCAGAGAAACCCCAGACCCACGGGGGCCAUCAGGCAAAGUGACAAAACCAUCUCAACGACCGGGAGUCCAUUUUGAUGGCCAGACCCGGGAAAGAGUGGAAGAGCUUCUGGAUUCUGGUACAUUGGAGGAACAAUCUGGAACGGACGUUGUACGAUCCCAACCAUCUCAACAAAUGCCACCAGUCCCAGAAAUGACUUCUGAGGAAUUCGAACGGCUCAGACCAAUGAUGCGAUCACAUUUGGAAAGGAUGGGAGACAGACCCCAUGGCACUCUUCCAGACCCAUUGGUGGGACCAGCUCCGUUGGUGCCACAUUCGGAGGAGGUUCAAAUGAAAGAAGCCCCACCCCCAACAAAAACGCCUGCUAAACGAAGGUUGGAACUGGAGAAGAUCCGGGCGACAGAGGAGUAUCAAGUUCCAGCCUUUGACUUGGGAAAACAGAUGAGAGACACAAGGCUUAGCAUCAGCGUUCUACAACUCCUCCAACUCGCUCCCAUUUUGCGACAACAGAUGACACACUUGAUGCAAUGUCGCAAGAGACUGAAGAGCGACGCGGCAAAAGCAGUGGUGAACAGUCUCAUUGCACCCUUCCAGGACAUCAUGGGACCUGAACAACCAACUGGAGCACCAGCGGUCCUGGGAUACACCAAUCUGGUAGCCUACAACGAUGUGGCAAAACCAGACGGACAAGUUGCGUCCACGCUGGGAUAUGUCGUGGCGUACUUGGAAGGGUAUCAGUCAGGUUCAGUGCUGGUGGAUGGAGGAUCAAGCGUGGAACUGAUCAGCCAUCGUUUCGUGACAAAACACAAAAUCCCAUCAGUGCAAUUGAGAGGAAGCAAACCAAUCCGGAUGGCAAACGACACUGAACACUACAUCACAGCAUGCACGUACAUCAACACUGUGGUGGGAGGAAUUUUGGCGCUGGUGAAGUUCUACAUCAUGGACGCUCAACAAGACUGGGAAGUCCUUCUGGGAAAGACGUGGUUGCGUCGCAUGUGUGCAGUCGAAUACCAUGGGGAAGAGAAACUAACCAUCACUGGAGCUGGAGGACAGACACAAACCAUCCCAUUGUACCCAUGUCCGGACAUGUUUGUGCAGACUCACUCUGAACAACUUCCCAUGAGAACUGAGCCAGACGAAACUGUGGAGUUCGUGGAGGAUGAUCGGGAAAUCAUUGAAGAAGUGGAGGAGAUUCUCAAAGGACUUAACGGUAGUCAGACUGGCGACUAUCUGCGGGAGUUGAUGGUCGUGGACGACGAUUGCGAGUCAGCGAAUGGGGGGAACGAGACGAACACGAACCGAUCGAGACCAGACACGAGGCAAAACUUGCCAGAACAACAUGUUAAUCAGUAUAGUGUAGAUGAAUUGCGCGAUCAUUACGAUCGAACAGCGAAGACCGGACGAUCACGAUCCACGGGCGAGACGAGACUGAAAGAUGUCAAAAAGUCGCGACCCACGGACGAGACAAAUUCGCGAGCUGUCCCUUGGGACGUAAACACCUACAGAUUAUCCCCAAACAAUUACCAGACAGGAAUGAAACUACCAUUACCGUACUUACACGCUCAACCUGUGAAACGAGUUAACAUGGUCUGGAACAUUACAUGGGACCAAGUGACGCGACGCAUGGCCGCUUGGGAUCGAAGAUCCCAAAACUCAAAUUCAUGCCAUUGUCUGAAUGAAAUCACAAACCACCAAUGGUUGGAACAGAGGGAUGGGUGUGACCGACAAAUUGGCUGGUGCAAAGGCAACAAACACAAUGAACACCAUGACCGAGAUGAUGGACAUGAUCGACAAAUUGGCUGGUGCGAAAACAAUGGACACUAUGAACACCAUGACCGAGACGAUGGUUGUAAUGAUGAUUGCCAGACGGAUCGAAUUGAAACCCUUGCAGGGGGAAAAGAUGACGAUACGGACGAAGAGGACUCAGAAGAACUGGCACUGAACUUGCUGGACAUACUGAAGGGAGGAAUCAACAUGAAGGAACCGGACGAACUGUGGGAAGACACAUCGAGACAGACCGAUCAACAGAUUUGUAUGGGAAAACAGGAAAUCAAGGGGUCCCCCUUGACAAACCGAAUUUCACAUACAAAUCGAACAUUGGUCCUCCCUGGGAAUGGAGAUGGACAUGGCACCGCUCAUCUGGAGAGCAUGGGAACAAGACGGACGGACGGACACCAUACAGACAACCUCGGACAAGGUGGGAGGUCAAUUUGUAUGGGGAUUUCAGCUUUUAAGGCUGACCCCUGGGAAAAUGAAAAUCCCCAUACAAAAUCGAAUUUCUCCAACUCAACCGAGGGGACGAGGUCUGGCGGAAACUACUUGAUGGGAUUCCAUGGUGUCAUGGACCACACUGUCUGUGCAGACACGUCCGGACAUGAUGGAGACGAAGGGUUCCGACCACACUUGGGAAUUGAAUCUGGUGCACUCUGCGAUGAAACUGGAUCAACAAUUGCAUCGUGGAGGAGUCAUUUGUGGGAGGAAUUGAGACAUGGAAUUCCGCUGGAGGAUUGUUGUGGUGUCGCCGUCGACGAUCAUGAUGAUGGGAAGCGGGGCCGAAAUCAUGGUGGGGCGGUUGGUCCGAGAAGAAAAAGUGGGGAAUGGGUGGACGCGCACGGACGCGGACCCACCCCACUUUGUAUGGGGAAAUCGGAAAUCAAGGCCUACCCCUUAAGAUUCCGAAAUCUCCAUACAAAUCGUCCAUUGACCGGUCAGCGCCACGAAGCCAUAGUUUCAUGGUUUGAAAACUCCCGCAUCACACUUGGAGACUUGGCGGGGGACGACAACCAACGCCACAUGAUCAUGAGGUUGUGUUACACCUUUAAAGAUUGUUUUGUCACUGGUCUUGAAGACAUUCGCACCACCGAUUUAUUGCAACACCACAUCCCAUUGAUUCCUGGUGCACUUCCUGGCAAGCGCAAACAAUAUCGGUACAGCGGAUUACAUCGAGAAUUCGCGCGCAAAGUUUUUCCUGCCAUGGAGAAGGCAGGAAUAAUCCAGCGAGGGGAUUCAGCAUGGGUUGCACCAACACUGUUUGUGGACAAACCUGGUUCGAAGGAACUUCGAGUGGUGCAUGACUAUCGCGACAUCAACAGCAAAACCAUCAAAGCGGGGUACCCAUGUCACAACAUGGAAGCAGAUUUGAAUUCGGUACAUUGUGGGCGCUCCUCAAUUUUCUCCCAAGCUGAUGCUUCCAAUGGGUUUUGGGCUAUACAGAUUGCUCCGAUGGACAAACACAAGACGGCAUUCACAGGGCCAAAUGGCAUGUACUACUACAACAAUAUGCCCCAAGGUUUGACAGGGUCCCCAGCCACUUACGCCAGGUUUGGGGACACAGCGUUCGGACAUCUGUUCUUCCAGGACGGAACUGAGAUGGAGUCAAUUUUGGGAUACAUGGAGGACAUCCACACUUCAUUCUCCAUCUACGUGGACGACCAUCACGUAGGGUCGGAGAACUGGGAAGAUCAUUUUAACUUCCUUUGGAAAAGAUACUUCCCAAGAGUGGCAUGGGCUCCAAUUGGUCUUAGCGGACGGAAGACGAAACUCUUUUCGUCGAGUGUGGAUUGUGUUGGUUAUUCUCUGGAAGAUGGGAAAAUUAGACCAGCCCGCAAACACAGGGAACGUUUUGCAUUGUUGGCAGAACACUUCAGACAGAACCCGCCAAAGUCGUGGAACGAAAUCCUGGUCCUUAUCUAUUUGACACCAUUUUUGAGGAAAUUCAUACCAGGCAGGGCGGAUCUGGUCUCGACAAUCAAGAAGGUGUUUUUCCAUGGAAUGUCCAAGACCACAAGGCUGGGAAGGGAAUCCAUACAAUGUCAGGAGGUCCCACGGGAUGACCCAACAUGGACACCAGAGGCUCAGGCCGCGCUCCUAAAAAUCUGCGACAGCAUUCAGACGAAUGCGACAUUUGGGGCGCGUCCUGGGACACAGUUCCAUAUGGCGACCGACGCUUCCGACACUGGAACGGGAGGAGUCCUGUUCCAAUUGGAGGACACAGAACCUGGCACUCCAGUCACUGAUGCCAAUUUCUCGAAGACCAGAAUCAUCAUGUGGAUGUCCCACAAGCUGACCGACUCGGAAAAGAGGUACACUAUGCCAGAGAAAGAAAUGUUUGCCAUUGUGGUGGGAUUGAAGGAGACACAAUGGUUAGUGGGGGGAUCACCAUUCGCUUUGAAAGUGUAUACCGAUCACAAAGGCAUUAUCGACUCUAUGGCCAACCUUGGGGAGGUACAUGGAAAGGUGGCGCGAUGGAUUGACAUUCUGCAGGAGUCAAAUGUGGAGUACAUCCAUCGCGCCAACACUACCAAGAUCAUGAAGAUUGCGGACGGGAUGUCGAGAAUGCCAGACAACUUGAAAUCAGAUCCUCCAUGGGUGAAGAGGAGAAUGGGCGUGGAAGUUGUCCCAGCUACGACAGAACAUCCGGUGCAGGUUUCAAUGAAUGUCGCGGACACGGACAAUGGAGAAUGGAUACUGCCGGAAGGAAGUCCACAAGACGAAGACAAAACUCAAGAAUUGACGGACAAACUUGAGAAAUGGUUUAAAUCUCAAUGGUAUGGAGAGGUGCUCACUGCCAUGGUUUACGGACACCAAGCCAUACCUACAGAACGAAGAAAGCUCAUCCGACGUCGAUCAUUGAGGUACAGAGUCUUCCGUCAGACACUUUAUUAUCUGGAACAGGACGAGUCAUUAGCAGAAUGUGUCAUGACGGAGGAGGUGCCAAUGAAGAUGCAGAAAGCCCAUGACGCGUCUGGACACUUCGGACCAGAAAUCACCAUGCAAAAAUUGAGGGGACGUUUCUUCUGGCCAGACAGAACAAGGGACGUGGAAGCAUAUUGCUUGUCAUGUCUGGUAUGCCAACAAACAGGGAGACGCUUACCAAGAGCCGAUCCUAAAACAAUCACUAUUUUGGAGCCAUGGGCUUUGGUGGCCAUGGAUUAUUUGGGACCGAUCACCCCAAUAGCCCAGAAUGGAGACAUGUACGUGUUGGUGGUCGUCGACUACAUGACGCGAUUUGUUAUGGCUCAAUCCCAUCGCGAAGCAACGGGAAGUGUGGUCACAGAAACUUGGGACAAAUGCUGGGGUUCAAUCAUGGGAUGGCCGAGGAAGAUCUAUUGUGACAAUGGAUCCCAUUUCAAGAAUUUGAACUUUGAAGCCAUGACACAAAAACAUGGGACAAAAAUCACGUUUGGACCAAUCUCCCACCCAUCGACCACGGGGUUGGCCGAGCGCAAUGUGAGACUCAUCAAAAACCAAUUGAUGAAAUGGGCGACAGAGAGAAAUGGAGUCUCAUUGGAAGCAUGGAAUCAAGCACUCCCGACAGUGGUGGUAAAUCUCAACAACAGACACAUGUCUACUGUGGGGACCAGUCCAGCGAUGGCAAUGUUGGGUUUCGAACCAUACUCACGACAUGAAAACAUGGAGGACGAGGUCGUUGAGAGCUUCCAAGAUGGGACAAAUUGUGUCGAAGAAUUGGAACGGGAGACAAACCUGAUGCGAAUCGACUCCCGAGAAGAAGGGAGAGAACGUGUUCGCACCAGGAAGACAGAAGCCAUGAACGACAACAAUCUGCGGAAGAUUCCUCGAUCAUUUCGUGUGGGAGACGUUGUGUGGGAGAAACUGGACAAAGAAAAUAAACUCAAAGGGAAGUUCCAGAGGACAUGGGGAAAUCUUUCGACGAUUGUCAGAGUGGUGUCGUCGGUGUCAUAUGAAGUUGAGUCCAUGGGGGGUGGAGCGACACGAAAAGUCCAUGUCGAUGACCUGAAGCAAUACAUCCCUCGACAGGAGCGACUGAAACCACCCAGGCUCAAUUAUUGGGACGUGGCAGAUUGGGAUUUGACACAAUUGGAAGCCGAUAAUGCAUUACACGACCAUGUACGUGAUCAGCCCGCCGGCCAUGACAUGACAUGCGAAGGCGUCACUGGGGGCAAAGUCGGCAACGGUGGAGAGAGUCGUCGACGAUCGAAUUAUUAUAUGAAUGGGACCGGCGCCCGCGCUCAGCGACAUGUUGAGCCUGAAUCAACACCAAAGCAUCCUCCUUUCCAACUUUCCAAACAAAGCAUCCAUUUCGUCGUCAAGACCCUCGCCCUCGCCAAGAUGAAGUACGCCCAGCUUGCAUUCGCUACCCUCUCUGGCUUUGCUCUGGCCCAGAGAGUGCUGCCUGACUCGGAGCCCACGACGCGACAAGAAAUUUCCAGGACAUUCUUUGGCCACAACAUUGUCCGUUGCAGAUCUGAGAAUGGCGGUGUGUCCUGCGAUGCCGAGCGGGUUCCCAGAACCGAUGAGCUCCUCAAAUUCUGCCAGAGUAACGGCGGAUGCAAGAAUUGCCAGGCAUCCACUGAUGGCUUUACUGGCGACGUCACGAUACGCUGCCAAUAUACCUCCCGAAAAGACUUUGGCCCGCUGGUAGACAGCAAGAUUAAGGAGAAGUGCCCGACGAACAAGUUGGAUGAAUGUAACAGCUUUAAGGAGAGGUGCAUGAGACAUUAUGGACGGGGGCCGCGGUUCGAAGAAUCAAACGCAGAGAGCGUUGCCUCUUGCGUUCGACGGCUGGUUCAGGCUGGUCAAUAA